AUCAACUUCCUUUUCCGGUCUUCCGCCAUAGACCACGGCCACGUAAAAUAGAAGUGGCCGAAAUCCAACGCAAUCGUUGCGAGAAGACCACUAAAUAAACAUGGUGGAGCAAAUGACAUUAAGAGGAACCCUUAAGGGCCAUGGAGGAUGGGUUACGCAGAUUGCCACUACCCCACAAUACCCAGAUAUGGUGCUUUCAUCAUCACGGGACAAAACCCUCAUCAUGUGGAAGUUGACGAGGGAUGAAGCCAACUAUGGUCUCCCAUUGAGGUGCCUACGAGGUCACGGACACUUUGUUUCAGACGUUGUCAUGUCAUCAGAUGGGCAGUUCGCACUGUCUGGAUCAUGGGAUAAAACUCUCCGUUUGUGGGAUCUGAGUGCUGGAUCCACCACCCGAAUGUUUAAAGAUCACGAGAAAGAUGUGAUGAGUGUUGCCUUUUCUGCGGAUAACCGACAGAUUGUGUCUGGGUCCCGGGACAAGACCAUCAAACUGUGGAACACUCUGGGUGUCUGCAAAUACACCAUCCAGGACGAAGGUCAUUCUGACUGGACAUCAUGUGUGAGAUUCUCUCCCAACACCUCCAACCCCAUUAUUGUCUCCAGCGGCUGGGACAAGAUGGUCAAGGUGUGGAAUCUAACCAACUGCAAGCUAAAGACCAACCACAUUGGCCACGCCGGUUACCUUAACUGUGUGACAGUCUCCCCUGAUGGUUCUCUGUGUGCUUCUGGAGGAAAGGAUGGACAGGCCAUGCUCUGGGAUCUGAACGAGGGCAAACACUUGUACACCCUUGAUGGAGGAGACACCAUCAACUCGCUCAGCUUCAGUCCUAACAGAUACUGGCUGUGUGCAGCCACAGGUUCCAGCAUCAAGAUCUGGGAUUUGGAAGGCAAGGUUGUGGUUGAUGAGCUGCGACAGGAAGUGAUGUCAACCGGCACAAAGGCCCAUCCUCCAGACUGUAUUUCACUGGCUUGGUCCUCAGAUGGACAGACACUGUUUGCUGGUUAUACGGAUAAUCUGAUCCGUGUGUGGCAGGUCUCAAUGGCAACAAGAAGUUAACUGGCAAACAGUCCUCUAUGAAAUUCUUGACUUUAAACUAUGUAUUGUCGAACAGGCAACAUCGCGCAAGCUCAUUUGCGACAGUCCUCCAAUAAAGUGCUGCCAUGGAGAAAUUACUCUUGUA